AUGCUCCUCCACCACCACAACCCUUUCCACGCCAUGGAAUCUUGCCUCCAGCUCAACGGAAUCUCGCUCACGCCUUCCCUCCUCCUCCAUACCCUAAUCUGUCUCCGCCACAGCUCCAAGAUCGCCCUAUCCCUCUUCCACUACUCUCUCUCCCUCCCUUCUUCUCCGGCCACCUCCGCCGCUUACAACCUCAUGAUCGAUAUCCUCGCGAAGGUUCACCAAUUCGACGUUUGUUGGCAGCUAACCAUCCAGAUGUGGCAGCAAAACGACGAGGAUUCAGAUUCCCAGCCCAAUUUCACCACUUUCUCCGUCCUCAUUCGGCGGCAGAUCGCCGCCGGAUUCACCCGCCAAGCGAUUCGCGCGUUCGACGAUAUGCAAGGGUUCAUUGGGUCGGUGGAUUCGGGCCAUUUCUACUUCCUGCUCGACACUUCCUGCUCGACACCAGCCAUAACCACCGGAACAAUGGAUUUCAUCACCAGCUCGGGCCUCAUCACCCCCAUCGACGCCACUCCAACCCCGCUCUUCGUCGUGCCAUAUGCAGCUCCCAUGCUCGCAACAACAAAUUACACGAGCGCAACCGCAGAUCCAAGAUUAAUCCUCAUAGAUCUACAGUAA